UUUUGAGCUACAACCACGGCUACAGAUAUGGCAGAUAUCGCCGUCUUUGUCGAGAGCCCCGAUACAUCCUCUGAACGCCGCAUCUCGCCUGGCUGGACCAUUGCAACACUCAAACAAAAGCUAUGGCCUAUCGUCGGCAUUCCUCCGUCCAGUCAAAUCAUUGCGAAUGCAGCAGAUGACGAUCUCGUUUCCACUCUCGGUCUUCAACCAUUGUCUGUACUCAAGAUUGGCGAUGCAAGACCCCCUGGCAUGAGGGAGAACUAUACAGAUGACAGCAAGGUGGAUAAAUUUGAGAUGCCGCUCGAGCAGUAUGAGCAGCGUGAUGAUACAGUCUUGGCGUAUAAGAAACGGCAUGGCAUUGGACGUUUCGACCCAGAUGCGGAUAGCAAAGCACAGGAUAAAGAGGCUCAAGAGGAGGCAGAACUAGCACGACUGCAGCAAUCACAUCCAAUCGGCUCUCGGUGUCAAGUGGAAGGAGAAUCUACACGGCGCGGCAGUAUUCAGUAUGUCGGGCGUGUACCAGAGAUCCCGGCUGGUGGAAUAUGGAUCGGUAUCGCAUACGAUGAGCCUGUCGGCAAGCAUGAUGGAACAAUCCAGGGAAAACGGUACUUUGACUCAGGCCCGAGCUGCGGUAGUUUCCUUCGACCUGGCAAGGUGAUUGCAGGUGACUUUCCCCCGCUUGAUGACGGGCUCAUGAGUGAUGAUGAAAUGUAG